UCUACAGAGCUUCGAGCCGCGUGGGGAGUACGCGCGGAUAUCAUAGAGUGAGUUUAAGUAACAGCAGAGACAAUUUCGGACCUUGUUUUCAAGGCAGCAGUAAUUCUCGCAUUGUUUUUAUCACAGCCCACGUCUCGAGUUCUAAACAAAGACUACGAGGAUUACACAAGUCGUGUGGUGUGACAAGGGGAUGAGUAAGCAUAACUAGCGACACCAGCGGUCUGCCGCUGUCACCACGAAUCGCCAUAGCGACCACGGGACAGCGUAACGAAUAACGAGGAAGGGAGGGAGGGGAGGGGGAGGAGGAGGGUAGAACUUGUGGUGUCCAAGGCGGCAUUUAGACCCUGUGUUAGAACGCGGUAUUGUGUGUGUCUGAGUGCGUGUACGCGUGCGUGAGUGCAGUAGAACUCGCAUUUGUGUUUGACGCGAUUCGUGGUGGAGCUCUGUGGAAACCUGUGCCCCCCGUGAAGCACUAACGCCAGCUCCCGGUGACUCGGGGUGGACUGUGAACUCCUGAUUGAUGCGUUUACUCACGCCAAAUGCAGAGAGCGCACUCUCCUACUCCGGAAUGAACACUCUACGACUCCGGAACAACCGGUGGUGGAAUCCUCGCGCGGCACAAGAUUCUCGGAAUGUUUAGGGAGAGCUUCUGUGUGUAUUGAUCGUGAGUGGCCGAUAGGGCACAUAAAUAAAAUACUCUGCAUCUGAACUAAUUGAGAAGAUGGAAUAGCGGCUUUGACAGUGUGUUCGCGCUAUAAGAAAUCGAUUCGAAAAGUAAUAAUCUCGUACAAGAUUGGAAUUCAUUUGAGAACCUCGUUAAACACACAGCAUCUUUCUACUGGCAGUGUAAACGACAACGACCAUUUGUGGCAAUUCAUUGUAGAUAACAGGGUUUCAAUUCUGACAUUUCGUUGGAAACAGCACCAAUCAAUGUUUUUUUAAAAUCCAUUAAAUGUCCAGGUCAUAUACAUUCCUUUAAUGGCGCACAUUGGAAUGGCAUGUUCUGGGAUUAAACUACAGUGCUUGGGAAUCUGAACUGUUAUUUUCUUUGACACUUCCUGACUUACCGGAGACUGAACUAUGUGAGGAGGGUUGUGUCUGAAAAGGUUCUGUGGUGUUCAAAGGUGCUUCUCACUCUGGAGCAGAGGAACAAGUAAACAUGAUUUGUAAAACGAACGACAUUCGAAAAUUAUGCGGCAUUCGUAUCGUCAAUAAUGAAGUCUAGAUUCUAGUGAUUUCAAACGUUAGACUAAAAGGUCGAUUUCUUCAAUUCACGGCGUCUCCAGACGAAUACAAUUGCGCCCCAACACCUCCCCCAACUUCAAGGCAGCAGCUGUAACGUAAGCACCAUGAAGGCGAUCCUAGACCUACACCCCAGCAGCCAGUUCCCCUUCCUCGUUCCGCCCCUCCGGGACUGCCUCACGGCCACGCCCCCCUGCACCAUGGGCCUUGGUCCCAAGAACGAAACAGCAUACUGGAAUGAGAUCUCCGACUACUUUUGCUUCCUCGCUCUGCCCGUCAUCGUCAGUUUCGCCUUCCUCACCGAGGUGAUGAGCGUGCUGGUUUUAGCGAGGCAGGUCCGUCAGUCUCUGGACACGUACCUCCUCGGCCUCAGCCUAGCCACACUGCUGCUUCUGACAUGCUCGGCGCUGCUGGCAGCUCAACACUACGCGGGUCCACACUGGAUCCUGGUCCACGCUCAGCCUUACGCUGCCUCGUGUCGGGACUGGUUCUGGUACAGCGGCAUUUGGCUUCUGGUCAUGAUGAGCUUCGAGCGGGUGCUCACUGUCUCGGCGUCUCGCGCCUCCACGCUCUGCUCCUCCGCUCAGGCUGCCGUGGUGGUGGUCAUGGUCUUUGCAGUGGGCCUUGUGAGCUCCCUUCCCCGCUUCUGGGAGUACCAGGCCGUUACGGCCGUAGACCCUGCCACAAAUCUGACCAAACUCGUGGCAGAGAAGACCGUCUCCACAGCCACAGAGGAGUACAACAUAAUGUACUUCUGGUACGUUAAGGCCGUGACUCUCUUCGUCCCCUUCCUCAUGAUGCUGCUGAUGAGCGUGGCUCUGGCCUGCCGCACGCGCCGCAGCGUCCUCACCAAGCGCUACAUGUGCAUCAAACACACGUCCGGACUCACGCUCAACAGGAAGAUCAAGGAAGAGGCGUCGCUCUCCCAUCUGCUCAUCCUGCUCAUGUCCCUCUACAUGUUCUGUUCGGUUCCCGGGGGCACCAUAGAGCUUGUGGCGCAUCUGGCCCCAGCCUGGGUCGACCCUUCCUCCCGGUUCUACGUCAGUUUCUACAAUCUCUUCACGGUCGUCUUCUUCUUUCAGUUCGCGCUUCAUCUCAUUAUCUACUUCUGUUUCAAUAAACAGUUCCGGAUAACACUACUAGCUCUGUUUUGUUGCUGUUGCUAACGAACAUGAACCCAUUUCAUACAGUUGCUAAAAAUAAACACAUAAUUUUACUGUUCAAAUCUUUAACGAACUUCGAACAGCUUACAUAGACCUUGCAGACGACGAUGGAUAAUUAGUCAAAGACGUGACCACGAACCACCUGGAUCAAGAAUUGUAAGUAGACAAUUAAAACACAACAAAAUGAAGCCCAUCGUGAAACAUCAAUCACGACAACACAGAUCGACGGACAAAGACGACGGAGGAGGAGACGGAGGGAAAAAGGGGAGGAGAAUUGGAACAGUAAAAAAACAGAGGGGGGGGGGAGACCAGCAAUAGCAGCGCAGUAGCCAGGGGUUUUUUUCUUGAGGGAGAAGGGGGAGGAGAGAAACAGCAAAAAUAGACAUAAACAAAAUGAAAGAUAAAACCCCCGAAGACGAGCGCAAUGAAGGUUCAGAACCCUAUAUGAGAAGCGUGAGGGUGAAAACCAGAGCGCAGCACGGCUGCAUGCUGAAAUUUUUCCUCUGAAAAUAACCCCCCCCCCCCCCCUUCCCUUUUGUCAUCUCCCCCCUCUCCACCCCUUUUGUACUGCAUCUGCACUGCCCUUUCAGUGAACCCCAAUGAAAGGAAGACGAAAAAUUGGCCGGAUACUAAUCAAUCAGCACAGAAUUCAUAAUCAACUCUGAGCUCCGCCUGGAAAUCACAGAUAUUUGCCAAUGCACACUUCCUAUUAUAUCCACUGGAGAACUCUGCCAAUCAACGAAAGACCCUCUCCCCUAAACAUUAUUACAACAGUGCUUGGCGGUACCGUCAUGAUGAAUCAGACGCAGAGUGAGAAUCCCGAUGGUUCUGGAAAGCCGUCCGAUCAACGGAAAACGAAACCGUCACAAUAUUGACUGGGAGACGGGCAAUCUACAUAAAUUGGAUAAUGUAUUGUAGGUGUGAAAAGAACAAACAAUAGGCGGCAGCUCCAGUCUGUGUCUACUACUGAUGAUAUUACCACUGUAUUACAUGUAUUUUAUUAUAUAAUUUAAGUAUUUCUAAUACUUGUGCAGGAUCUACUUUGGACAUGUAUGAUGACUGCUGGUAAUACUGGUAUGAAACAUUAUUCCUCAACGACCUCUUAACUUCCUAAUAACAUUCCAUCUGUGUGAUAAUAUUUGAUCCACGGUGAACAUCAAACAUCCACAUUUCCACCAUAGCGUUUAUAAACUGUAAUAAUGUCAGUCAAUCCAUGUGUUCACCACGACUCUUUAUUAAUCAUCUACGAUAAAUUCUUAUGUUUUUGGUGAGCUCCAUAUCUAGUCUCAUUUUUUUUUUUAAACAAUAGUGUUUUUUGUGUCUCCAAUGGGCAAGCCAAUGGUGGUUUUAGGAAACUUUUUUCUACCACAUCCUCGCUCUAACAAAUGAAAGGCUGAAGGAAAAAGACGUCCAUAUUACCUUAACUGUUUUGACCUACAGUAAAAGUGACAGCUGUUCGACAACAUAAUUCCUUUUCCCUGAGAAAAAUCACUCAAUAUUAUUUUCGUCUCUUAUUCUGAUUCCAUGCAGUCUCUUUCAACACGGGCUGGGUAGAAACGUGGAAAAAGUUGUAACGUUACGUGACUGUAGUGCCACGAACCUGAAUAAGUCGGCCCCAAAAAGGUGAAUUCAACUUUCUAGAAACAAGAAGUUAGUUUGAGCCGGAGCGAAAAGGCAAGUCUGUGAGAUAGUUUUGAGUUUCAAUCCGACAACAUUGUCAGUCAUCAGACUUGUCAACAAACAGUUACCAUGGGGGACACGAUCUAUACUCGCCUUGGUAAAUGACUACCAGAAUAUGUCGGCUCAUUUCAGAGACCGAACAAAAGACUUUGUUCAAUAUUAUAGCACCGCAGUCAGCAAAGCGUACACGGAAACACGUUGUUUUGAGAAAAAAAAAGUAGAGACAACACAAUCUUGAACCUUAGUUAAUCAAUACUGUGCUUCUUUAAUGCUUUCAACGG